GUCACCUGUUAACAACAGAAGUUUGCCCUGGACCUCUACUCCAUGGACUCUGAUUCAGACUCCGAUGGCUCUCACAUCUCUGCCACUCCUCCAUCUUCGCCGCCGCAGGCCGCCGUUCAUCUUCCUACGCCGUCGUGCAGGGAAAUUCUUCUCUCCUCUGCCAAAUCAAGAACUAAAACCUCUGCUUUCACCUCCAGAGCUAUAUUACAUCCCAAAAUCUCGAAGAAACGCGAAAAACCGCCUCCACAAGCCGAGCCAAUCCAGUCAGAACCAACGAGCAUCUCUCCAAUCACCUCCAAUCUGCCGUUUCAAAUUAAGAAAUCACUCGAUUCGCAAAGUAGCAAGGUCUCCGGCGACGGACUUCUUCACGGGGGACACAGCGCAUCGAGGUUCGCAUCGUUUUUGAAAGCUCAGGAUAAAAAAUUGGAUUUCGAGACCGAUGAUUCGGUCGAGUUGAAAACCGAGGCUCUUGUUGCAAGUGAUGGUUCGAGGGACAUUGUGAAAGAACAAGUCGCCGAGAAGGAUUUGAAGGCGAAGAAGCUGAGAAAAAAUCUUAACUUAAUCGGAGGUAAAGAUUUCGAUGUUUUGCCAGCUAAAAAGCAUAAAAGCACUAGUGAGGGGAAUUUCGUGAGGUUGAAUAUCAAUGGCUAUGGGAGAAAAAAGUUUACUUUCAAAAACAAAAGAACUGGCGCUAGUUCAUCAUACAAGCGCCGGAAAUAUUACAGAAAACGCAAUGGAAGUGGUGGAGAGGGACGGGAAGAAGGAGUUGUGUUGGAUGAAGAAGGUUUUGCAGUGGAUCUUGGGAAAGGACAAGGGGAAGCAAAAUUCGAUGAAGGUCUGAUCAAAGAAGCUGUAGUAAGGGUUAGAAAUGAGGCAUCCGAUGAGAACUUACUGGAUUUAUUGAAAUUGACGCAUGGCUAUGAUUUCUUUCGGGAUGGUCAGUUGGAGGCUAUAAAGAUGGUGCUCUCUGGGAAAUCCACAAUGCUGGUUUUUCCAACUGGUGCAGGCAAGUCCUUGUGUUAUCAGUUGCCUGCAUUGGUGUUGCCAGGAGUUACACUUGUGGUGAGCCCUUUAGUAUCUUUGAUGAUCGAUCAGCUGAGGCAUCUUCCUCCUGCGAUUCCCGGUGGUUUUUUGUCCAGCAGUCAGACAGUAGAAGAGUCUUCGGAAACACUCCAGUUGCUCGAAGAAGGAGCUUUAAAGGUUCUGUUUGUUGCGCCGGAAAGAUUUCUUAAUACAGAGUUUCUUUCCUUAUUUUCUGGCUCUUUGCAAUUAUCUCUUGUGGUUAUCGAUGAAGCCCAUUGUGUUUCAGAGUGGUCACACAAUUUCCGACCUUCAUACAUGAGGCUCAGAGCUUCCCUACUUCGUGGUAGGCUGAAUGCAAGAUGCAUUCUUGCAAUGACUGCAACUGCAACUAAGAAAACAUUGUGCGAUGUCAUGCAUGCUUUGGAGAUUCCUCCCACAUCCCUUUUCCAUUCGCCCAAAGUAAGGGAUAAUCUCCAUCUUUCAGUAUCUAUAACUGGGAAUCGACUAAAAGAUUUGAUGGCACUACUUAAGACAUCUCCAUAUUCAGAUAUCAAAAGCAUCAUUGUGUACUGUAAAUUCCAGUCUGAGACUGACAUGAUUAGCAAGUAUCUGUGUGAUAACAACAUUUCUGCAAAGAGUUAUCACAGUGGCAUUCCUGCAAAAGAAAGAAGUCGUACACAGGAUUUGUUUUGUUCAAACCGAAUUAAAGUGAUUGUUGCAACUGUGGCAUUCGGCAUGGGACUUGAUAAAAGUGAUGUUGGAGCUGUUAUUCAUUAUAGCAUACCAGGAAGCCUGGAAGAAUAUGUCCAGGAGAUCGGCCGUGCUGGGCGUGAUGGUAGAGUUUCUUACUGUCAUCUUCUUUUUGAUGAUGGCACAUAUUUUAAGCUUCGAAGUUUAAUGUACAGUGAUGGUGUGGAUGAAUAUACUGUCAACAAAUUGCUUUGUCAAGUCUUUAUGAGUGAUGGGCUUCCAAGUGGAGACAUCUGUUCACUAGUAAAGGAAUCAGCAUCCCAGAAAUUUGACAUGAAAGAAGAGGUAAUUCUAACAAUUUUGACACAGUUAGAAUUGGGUGAAGGGCAGUACAUUCAUUUGCUUCCACAGAUGAAUGUAACUUGUGCUUUGAAUUUUCAUGAGACUUCACCAUUAAAACUAGCAGCUAAAGAUAUUGUGGUUGCAGCAAUCUUGAAGAAGUCUGAGAUGAAAGACGGGCAGUAUGUAUUUCACAUUCCAUCCGUUGCCAAUGUCCUUGGAAUGGAAGCAAUUGACCUAACAAGUCACUUGCUGAGUCUAAAGCUGAAGGGUGAAAUCACAUAUGAGAUGAAGGAUCAGGCCUUCUGUUAUAGAACUGUGAACGCUCCGAAGGAUAUUUGUUCUUUGGCAACCCAGAUAACGAAGUGGCUCGGCGAUGUUGAAACUUGUAAGGUCCAGAAAUUAGCUGCAAUGUAUUAUGCCGCAGCGUUUGCUGCAAAAGAGUUAAGCAGCGGUCAUGGUUGCCAAAAGGACCAACACACAUCGUAUUUAGAAAGGAAGAUUGUUGAGUACUUCAAUGGCGAAGAUGAUACUGAUCUCAAUGCUCAAGUGCCCAUUCAAUCUGACCAAAACAGUUCAUUUUUGCGAGCUGAUAUAAAGGUUUUUCUCCAAACCAAUUCACAUGUGAAAUUUACUCCCCGGGCUAUAGCAAGAAUACUGCAUGGACUUGCGAGUCCAGCCUUUCCUUCAGCCACUUGGUCGAGAACUCAUUUCUGGGGCAGGUAUGCUCAUAUGGACUUCAAGACAGUAAUGGAGGCGGCGAAGGCAGAGCUCAUAAAUUUUCUCAGAAAGGAUGCAAACCAAGAACCUUUUAUCUUUCAAGGGACAUAAAACCGAUAUUCAAUAAUCAAUAGCUUCUUCAUUGGCCUGGUUCUUGCAUACUUUUGUCGGGGAUUCAUUUCCACUUUACUCUCACGAUGGUUAAUUUUCUUUUUUGUUUUUUUUAGGUGUGUCGCCUUGAAAUGAGAUAUUGUAUGAAUUGCUCAUAAGAACUAAUGAAUUAUUUUUUAAUGUGUAUUGUGGUUAAG